UUCAACAUCCAGCUCUGACAGCUGUAGCAGUUUAGUGUCAGUUCAUGCUAGUCCUCCAGAGAUGACUAACGCCACCUGCAACAUCACCCACUACAGGUACCCUCUCUUCACAGCCACCUACAGUGUCGUGCUGGCCCUGGGUCUUCCCCUCAACACCCUCUCUCUCUGGCUCCUGUUAUGCCGCUUGAGGGUCCGCUCGGUGCCCUUGAUCUACAUGGCCAACCUGGCCCUCUCAGACCUCCUCUUCACCCUCUCCAUGCCCUUCCGGAUCCUGUACUAUGCCAGGCGCCACUGGCCCUAUGGACACCUGGCCUGCAUCGUCUCUGGGACUCUGUUUAACGUCAACCUCUACUCCAGCUCGUUCUUCAUCAUGUUUAUUAGCGUGGACCGGUUCCUGGCUGUGGUCUAUCCUCUGCGCUCACGCCCACUGAGGAGGAUCGGUGUGGCUUGUAAGGCAUGUGCGGCCGUAUGGGUGUUGAUUGGUGCCAUGGCGGUGCCAGUGGCACUGACUCACCAUGCCAGACAGAACCAGUGCUUAGGGUGGAGUUGCUUCGAGGGCUACACUCAGAAUGAGUGGCACUUUGGGUUCAAUAUCAUCUGCGUGGCUGCUAUCGUGGGAAAUGUCAUUCCGUUCGCUGUCAUCGUGGGCUGUACGGUGGUCGUGGUGCUUAAGCUGAGAGUGCAGAAGGCCUCCUCAUCCUCUAUGGAUAAGAGCCAGAUGGUGUGGCUGCUUGUGAUCAACCUUUUGAUCUACACAGUGUGUUUCAUCCCCUUUCAUGUUGCAGUAGUCCUAUAUGGGCUCCACAAGCUACGAUUCCUUCAAUCCCAGUUCCCCUUCUUUGACUUCCUUAUUGGAACUAUCUGUUUGGCUUGUGCAAACAGCUUCCUGGAUCCUCUCAUCUACUACUUCAGCUCCAAGAUUCUGAAGAUAGGGAGAGGGAAUACAGGAACUUGAGUUUAAUUCCAUGGUUCUGCCUAGUUCUGCCUCGUAGUGGAGGACUGGCAUUAGUAGUGGUGAGAAUGCUAGAGAUGGUCUUAAACAAGUUAAUGGUGGACUUUGUUGUUCUUACAUCUUCUAUACUGUAUUCAUGUGUGCGUGUGAGAAGUCAAAUGACAAAUGGAAGGCAAUUAGAUUGGUUAGGGUGUUGACUUAAGAAGCACCCUCAUUUGUCUGGGGAACGAAAUGUCAGUUGUGGUGUGUGCUUGUGUGUGUGUGUUCGUGUGGCAGGAAAGGGAUGUCACUAAUAGCCCUUGAAGUACCGUAGAUACAUAAUUAAUGUACCAAAUGUUGCAUAUGACUGUUAAAUUGUAGCUUCGUCCUUUAUUGUGAGAUUUUAUAAAGCCGUUUUAUAAACCUGUUGAUUGUCUUCCUCUGAAGGGAGGAUGUAGUUGAAACGUAGCAAUGUUAUUUUCUCUGAUUAUUGGUCAUUGGUCUGACUUCUGUGCUUGGAUUUGCCGCAAUUGAAUGACAGAUUGUGGGAAUGUUUAUUUUUAUAUAAGAAAUAUAUUCAAUGU